UCUUAAAGCAACACUUUACAGGUAUAUUUUUUUAUCAAACAAUAGAUAAUAGGAUUAAUUUAUUUAUUUACACGUGACUGUACACAGGGUUAAUAUUUACGCCGGAUUAUUACCAUAUACAUCUGUUUUCCCGUGUGAAUUUAAACAUGCAGCAUUAAUGUACAUGUCAUUUUCACACCUGGUCUUUAAAUGUACACUAUAGUGUUGUAUAGGCAAUAAAUAGCAUAUAGUUUCAUUCACAUAAUCAUUUAUUGCAUGUUGCAUCGUGGCCAGUAUGGAAAAUCUUUCUUUUACAUGAUAUUCACAGGAUAACAAUAAAAAAUAAAAUAAAAUAAUAAAACAAAAGUGUAUCUCUAAUAAUGUUGAUUCUAAUAAUAGAAAAUAAAGUCACUUCUCUCUGAAAUCUCCAUGACAGCUCAUACAGCCGUUUCUAUAAAUAUUUAGAUGUUAGCUGAUGAUUUAUUAUAAUAAGCUGAUAGAUCUGCAGUGUUGUUGCUCUGAUGCGCGCCAGACCAACGUGAACUUAUUGUGCGUAUACGUGUGCGUGUGGACCGCUCGCGCGCCUCACUGCUGUCACGUGCCUCUCAGUGCUGGAACACACACGUGUAAACGAUGGAUCUGCUCUUGUGCACAAAAACAAUACAGUAAAAUGUACGGAUUUAUUAACACGUGUCUGAAGUCGCUGGUGAUCGAUCAUUUCGGAGAGGACACGUGGAAUAAACUCAGGGACAAAGCAGGCAUCCAAGACACCUUCAUGACAUAUGAGGUGUACAGAGAUGACAUCACCAUGCGACUGGUGGCAGAGAUGUGCACACUUCUUGACGUGGAAGCGAGCACCGUGCUGAGGCAGUUUGGAGAGUACUUCUUUGAGUUCUGUAAAAGAUCGGGAUACGACCACAUGCUGCGCACACUGGGAGGAAACCUCUUUGAGUUUAUAGAAAAUCUGGAUGCGUUGCACGGCUACCUCUCGCUCUCGUAUAAGGAAAUGAACGCGCCGUCAUUUCGAGUCGAAAAGAACUGCGAUGGCUCAAUGUUCUUACACUAUUACUCUGACCGCAGUGGGCUCUGUCACAUCGUCCCAGGCAUCAUAGGAGCCGUAGCGAAGGACUUCUUUAACAGCCAAAUAGACAUGAAGAUUGUGAAUCGGACGGAGGAGUUGGAGAGGACAGGAAAGAAAGAGCAUGUUGUUUUUCUUGUAAGCAACAGUCCUGUCAUUUCUGAAAAACUACAGAGCAAAAGUGCAUCAACGUCACAACUCGGUCGUGCCUCAGGACUCAGAAACAACACGCAGGACUUUGAGCGAUCAAGAUUACAAGAAAACAAGAAACUCAAAUAUGGGACACACAGAAACCACUGGGAGACAAUCAGAAGCUUAGUGCAACUGGGAAAAGGCAAACUUUUAAGGGGAUUUGAGCCGAUUUACCCAGACGAACUGUGCGUAGACCUGAAGACGUUCUGUAACGCCUUCCCGUUUCAUAUCGUGUUCGAUGAACAAUUGAGGGUACGUCAGGCAGGAGUGACGGUCCAAAAGAUCGUGCCAGGGUUGCAGACCACAGGAAUCCGACUGGAUCUGUAUUUUACCAUCCUGCAUCCCGAGGUCACCUUUACCAUAGGCAGCAUUCGCAAGUUCAUCAACAGCCAUUUUGUCCUGCAGACUCGGCGAGACACGAUGCCUGGGUACUGGAAAGAGAUGCCCAUGCUUGAGCUCAGAGGUCAGAUGUUGUGGAUGGCUCCUCUGCACUGCAUGCUAUACCAGGCGUCCCCCUUACUGCGCAACCUGCAGGAGCUGGAGGAAAGGCGUAUGUACCUGUCCGAUAUCGCUCCACACGACGCCACACGCCACCUCAUUUUGCUCAACCAGCAGCGCCUGGCCGAGAUAGAGCUCUCCACCCAGCUGGAACGCAAGAAGGAACAGCUACGACAGCUUUCUCAGCAUCUCGAGCAGGAGAAGCAGAAGACCGAGAACCUGCUCUAUGCCAUGCUUCCCAAACACGUGGCCAAUCAGCUGAAGGAGGGCAAAAGAGUGGAGGCAGGUGAGUUUAAGGAGUGCACCAUCCUCUUCAGUGACGUGGUAACCUUCACCAACAUUUGCUCACAGUGCGAACCCAUACAGAUCGUCAACAUGCUCAACUCCAUGUAUCUGAAAUUCGACCGCCUCACCACCGUUCACAACGUUUACAAGGUUGAAACAAUAGGUGAUGCCUACAUGGUGGUAGGUGGCGUCCCAAUCCCAGUAUCCAGUCAUGCUGAGCGAGUGGCUAACUUUGCCCUAGGUAUGAUUAUCGCUGCCAAAGAGGUCACUAACCCUAUCACAGGAGGCCCGAUUCAGAUCCGGGUGGGUUUGCACAGCGGUCCUGUGCUAGCGGGUGUCGUUGGGGAGAAGAUGCCACGUUAUUGCCUGUUCGGAGACACCGUAAAUACGGCUUCUCGCAUGGAGAGUCACGGUCUGCCUAACAAAAUCCACAUCAGCCCUAACGUAUAUCAUGCUCUUCAGGACAAGGAGUUCAAAAUAGAGGAACGUGGAGAGAUCGAGGUGAAGGGAAAAGGCAGGAUGCAAACUUAUUUUUUACUAGAAAACCUCAGAGCUACAGAGAACGAGAUCAUAGGCCGCCAGACGAGGGACGCCGGCUCAGGACAAGAGUCUGUUCAGUCCGGCGCUGACGGCGGCACCGAGCUUCCUGCUUUCAGACAAUCUCCAGAGGCUUUUCAGAACAAGUUAAGACAUCACACCGUGGUCAUGAGAUACAGCGACAGUUUAUCUGACGACAAGCCUCCGUCUCUGAUUCCUGAAACCCCGACCAGCACUAAAUGCCUCACAGGUUCCUCAAACUACAGAAGUCUUGACAGCAGAAGCAGGUGCGAAAACGAGCCGUUCGAGGCGAACGAGGUCGCCGUACGCCGAGGUCCCGAAGGAGCCGAACCUCCUCCACCUGCUCCAAACAAAAGGCAUGUUUACAGCAGGUUCUGUGUGGUGACCUGAAACCCACAGUGAACCCACAGAGAUACAGAGACAUCGCUUUGGUUCUGUCUGUGUGUCUGUGUGUGCGGUUUUGUCUUAGUCUUGUUGGAUAUACUGUCUAUAAACUGUACAUGCAUGUAGCUGCUGUUUAAAAUUCUAACAUCUGAGGUAUUUUAUAGCAAUUGUUGUUUAUAGCAGGUUUUAUAGUUUAGUACAUGAAAAGGAAAUAUUAAAUUAAACAGUAUUUUGUCGUAGAACAAUUGUUUAAAUUGUUACAGAAA